AUCAGGCUGCGCAGUGGACAGAGGCACAUCAGGCUGCACAGCGGGCAGAGGCACGUCGGGCUGGGCAGCGGGCAGAUGCACGUCAGGCUGGGCAGCGGGCAGAGGCACGACAGCGGGCACCGAGUCAUCUGGCACAACAGCGGUCACCGAGUCAUCUGGCAGAACAGCGGGCACCGGUUACCAAGCUCGACAGCGGGCACCGAGUCAUCUGGCAUGACCGCGGGCACCGAGUCAUCUGGCAAAACUGCGGGCACUGGGUCACCAAGCUCGACAGCAGGCACCGAGUCAUCUGGCACGACAGCG